UCUCCUCCCUUCCUCUCUGAAAUCAAUAAAAAUAUAUUUAAAAAAAGACACACACAAAAGGGAAGGAAUGAAAAUGGGCACCACUCAACCUCUCCAAGUUGUGGGCUCCCACUCUGCCUGCAGGACCUCACAAACACUGCAGAUAAAGCCUCACCAGCAGGGAGAGUACAGUAUAAAUGUGUAAACUAUAGUAGUAAGGCGGAAUGUUUUUGUUCUUAUUGCAUAAGAAUAAGUGCUAAUAGUGGUUCUAUUAGUUUCCAUGCUCCACUUUGUCAUGCUGCACAUCUUUCCCAUCAGGAUGUCAAACUUGGGACAAUUUGACUCUGAUUUUUACCAAUCUAAUUAUACUAUUGAAAAUCAGGAGCAGAGUUGUAAUGACUCCAAUACCUAUGGAAAUCUUUAUGGAUCCGGAGAACAGCAAGCCAGUGAACAGCCUCAGCUUGCCUUUGUCCCACCGGAGAUGCUCAUGUCAUCAGGUUACACUGGACAAUACUUUCAGCCAGCAUCCAGCCCGGAUUAUUAUUCACAGUCUCCUUACGUUGACAGUUUUGAUGAAGAGCCUCCUUUGCUAGAAGAACUUGGAAUUAAUUUUGAUCACAUAUGGCAAAAAACCUUGACAGUGUUAAACCCACUGAAGCCAGCAGAUGGCAGCAUUAUGAAUGAAACCGACCUGGCUGGGCCCAUCCUGUUCUGUGUGGCGCUGGGAGCCACCCUACUUCUGGCAGGAAAAGUUCAGUUUGGUUACAUUUAUGGCAUGAGUGCCAUCGGCUGCAUAGGGAUUUAUGCCUUACUAAACUUGAUGAGCUCUUCCGGGGUGUCCUAUGGCUGCGUGGCGAGUGUGCUGGGUUACUGCCUGCUCCCCAUGGUCAUCCUGUCUGGCAGCGCCGUCUUCUUUUCACUGCAGGGCACGAUCGGUACUGUGUUGGCACUGGUCAUCAUUGUCUGGUGUAGUCUCUCAGCUUCCAAAAUCUUCAUUUCCGCCUUGGACAUGGAAGGACAACAGCUUCUCGUUGCCUACCCGUGCGCCUUACUUUAUGGACUUUUUGCCCUCUUAACAGUUUUCUGAAGAGUAUUUGAGAUGGCAUUACAAGAUUCUGUUUAUUUGCUGUUCAGAUUAUUCUGGAAAUGUAUUAGCUUUCAAAUUUGGUAAUAUGUCUUAUUGCUAUUAAGAGACUAAUAAGCAGAAAAACAAAAAGGCACUUACGGAUGCUGCUCUAAUAGCAUGCUUGGUUUGAAUGAUGUUCUGCGUCUCAGCUUGAUGCAUUAAAACAUUUAAACAUACUUUAAAAUAAAAGGGAUAAAGUUGUUGUACUGAUGGACCCUGCUUUUCUCAACAGAUGCAUUUCUGAGAAAUUGUAAGUAAAUAAAAUCACAUGCUGACUGGA